AAAUGUUUUCCAUAUUUGUUCAGAGCCUCCCUGAUUCCAAAUAGCAGCAAAGCCUCAGAUAGAACAGGAGCAACACUGAGGGGGGUGGGAAGGCACAAAAUACUGAGAUUAUCAGAAUGGGAAAAGAUGGGAAAAGCAACCCAAGCCCGGUCCCUAACAAUCAGAGCCAGGCAGGGAAGCCGGGAGGAGAGAAGAGCACAGACCCAGCUCAGGAAAACAAAGGAGACAUGGAGAAGAAUAAAGGGCAGAAGGGAAAGCUCAAGGCAGGCCAAAAGGAGGAUUCCCAUAUUUGUUGUGGCUGCCGUUUUCCUUUACUGAUUGCUUUAUUACAGCUGAUUUUAGGCAUUUCCAUAGCAGUGGUGGCCUUUCUAAUGACAAGCAUCAGCUCCUAUUUGCUGACCAGAGAGACUCCACACUGGGCUGGGAUAUUUGUCUGUUUGGUCUCCUUAUUGGGCUUUUACUUGUAUUGCAUAACAUACCUGCCUGAUGAGAGGACAUCUAUGCAAUUUAUUGCCAAGUUGGUCUACUUCUUGCUAUGUGCCAUUGGGCUAAUCAUAUGUGUCUUAGCAGUGGCUUUUGCAGGACAUCAUUAUUCUCAAAUCAACAACUUCACCUGCGAACCCAUAGGUGAAAUGGAAUCCUGUGUCUGCAAGCUAGACCCAAUGGACCCGAUCGCCAGGACCUUUGAAUACAGAGAUGUGAAGGAUUGCUCCACAAUCACCACCACCCUCAAGCUCUACUUCCUUCUGCAGAUUGCUUUGAACCUGACCCUGGCCAUUGUCUGUCUGAUCGGAUGUUUUGUGAUGUGGAAACACAGGUACCAGGUGUUCUUCGUAGGCCUUCAGCUCAACUCAGCCAAUGAGCAGAAGCAGCAGAAGGUGUAACCUCUUUAACACUUUCUCACCACUGGUCCUUAUAAAUUAAUUUCCAUUCUGCAAGAUAACAUCAAAUUAUUUGUGGCUUACUGAUGAACAAGUAAAGACACCUUCCGAUGACUCCACAAGCAAGCCCAAGAUGAAGAAUCUAAUGACUGCAGGGACCCAGCUAGUUCUAAUGAGGAACAGUUGCUUUUAUCUUGCAGCAUAUUCUUCUUCAGGAAGGGGGGGGAGGGGGGGUUACUAAAUACUAAAAAGGAAACAAAGUACAAUUUCAGAUGAUCAGCAACAACAUACCAAAUAAUCUUUGCCAAGUACACACCUUGUGAGUCAUGCAAGUUAUACACACAAGAACAUUUGGCAGCUAUCAAUAUUUUCAUUAGAAGUAGUUUAGAAGUGCAGUAGAGGGUAACAGCAGAUGAGUAACACUACCAGCAGCUUUUAACAUACAGGUAGACCAAUUGUGCAGAAAUGUUGGAAUUAAACUGCUCUUUGCUCAUAAGUUUUUGAAAUCCUAGUUACUACAUUAACAAAUUUAACAAUAGGCCUAAAAACUAAUUUUCUGUAUUUAUCUUUUGGAAAAAAGUCUGUGGCAGAUAUAUGAUCUUAGCAAAUAAGAUUUUUAGGGUGUAGUGACCAUAUGUAACAGGAAGAUCCUGCUUUCUUAAAUCAAACUAUAAUUUACAAAUAAUAUUCUAAGUUAAAUACCGAAAUCAUAAAUAUAAAGAAAAACCCUUCGUCCAGUAGGCAACAUGUCAACAUUGUAAAAUGUGUUACAAUGUUUGUCUACUGGACGAAUACCUUUCUUUAGUUUUAUUAAUAUAUUAAAUAUAAAAGUGUAACCAGAUUAUUUUGUGGGCAGUGUAUUACAAUGGCCUAGUCUAUUUGCACAUGAUCAUUUAUCUUCUGUUUUUAUAAUUGAUUUGUAUCCAAUUUUCUUGUUUGAAAUUCAAACAUUUUAAAAUCACUGAAUGUGUUGCAGAAUAUGAAUUCAUUCUAUUCUGAUAGCAUGUUUGUUUUCCUUGUGAAGGACUGGAUUGGAUCCUGGCUGAAGUCUUUAGUAAAAAAUGUGGUGGAUGCAUGAGUUCCUGUUGGAGAAUAGUACAGAUGAUAUAGACCUACAAUAUGCACAGUCUGGCACAGUAGGCAGUAGUCUUUGUUUAGCAGAGCAUGGAGACUGAAACUACCCAGGGCAAAGGUGCAUUGGCAGGGCUGUGAGGAAGAAUUCAGUGCUACAGCUGUCUACACUCAACACAACCAUAGAGGUAAAAAUAGAGAGGGUGCAGUAUCAGCAGCAUUGGUUAAAAUCAUGUAAACAGACCUCCACUUAGGGUUUGGAUGAAAUAAGGCUGCUGAAAUGAAUACCAGUAUAUGAAAUUACAAGUGAAGUAAAUAGAAAAUUAUUUUCAUGUGUUCUUUUUGGUAUUGUGGAUGAAGGAAAAACACAUUCAUGUGUGAGAAUUAUUUUCUCAGGUGAGAAAAAAUGCAAUGAAGCCUUAUACAGUAUUGUUAAAUAGAACCCAAGCAGAGAGCAGUUCUUUGUUUAUGUCCAAACUGAAAAUCUGCUAUGGAGUAAGAGAAAAGUCCAAACUGUUUAGAUAAUACUAGAAGCCCAUAAUUAUUUGAAAACAUUUCUUAGAAAAUGAUCUGGCCUCUGCUGCUGCCUAAUUAUUGGGUUGAAAAUUGCUGAUUGUCUUGUGACCUUUAAACAAAAUGUCUUGUUAAUAAAAAUAGGUUCUCACUGAGCCAGUGAGAAAGAGCUGGAAUCUUUCAUAUCGAAAAAUAUUACUGCCUGUGUUCACACAUUAACUUCAGAGUAACCUUAGAAGUCUACAAAUCUUCAUGGCAAGAAAAUCAAUAUGUACACACACAAUGUGCAUUACACAUGAAGUGUGUUAUUCAUAUAUUAAUUGUAUGUAAUUUUCAUUGAGAUUUAGAGAUGUUCGAGUUGAAACAUUAAGAAUUGAACACCAGUGAAAUAAGAUGGCUACCCUCGGAGUGAAGUAUUUAUGGGCAGGGGUCUCUGCUUGUUUCAGUGGUGCAAAAUAUUUAAGUAUAUUUUAAGUACAUUUUUGGAACAGUGGUUAUGGGGAGUAAAACAGGUACCCAGAUUGGAUACAAAAAUAGCACUGGCAUUAGUAUUAAGCUCUAUACUUUUCAUAUAUUCAUAAUGUAUAGCCUUGGGGUGCUAAGAAGAGAAGAUUGAGGUUAUUAUUUAUUUAACGCUGCAGAGUCCCACAAUCUUUUCUAAUUUUAAACUAAAAAAAGAUUCAUUGGUGUUUACUGCAUCCUAUCAUACCCAUCAGGAACCACUUUUUUGUUUGUUUACAUUACCCAUAGCAUCACUCUGAGAUCCACAUAGACCUGAAGAUAAAACAGUUUUGGAUUCUGCACCUUUAAAUGUUGUAGGUAAGGCUCAAAAUUGUGUCAGAUCAGCAUCAGCAGAAUUGCCGAUUUACAGUGAUGACCUGUUAAACAAUAUUUCAAUAGACACAAGUUCUGUGUUCAUGUUGGAAAAAUUCUGAUCUGUGGACUUUACCCAAUUCGUAUCUUAUUCUGUAAGUUUGUCCCUGCUGCACCUCCCUCUGGCACUGGUGCUGAUUGGUUACAAGCUUCUAGAACUAUGUUGAAACAUUUAGUAGGAGAAAGGGGGGGAAUAAAAAGAGAGUGUAGACAGCCACUGUUUAUGAUCUGCUUCCACCUCCCCACAAUGUGCCUUCACAUGAUCACCAUUUGCGCCUUGCUCAAACUCAGCUCACUGUAGGCGGAAACUUGGGCCCAGUCCCAAAAUAGCACGAGGGCCUGCAUAACGGAAGAGUUUACGGGCUGAACUGCCGACUACAAAUAUAGAUGAUUAAAUAUAUAAAUACACACAUAUAUAUAUAUACAGACAAACAUAUACACAGCAACAAAAUAUACACAAUAAAAGCAAAUGAUAAAAGACAAAAUAAUAAUUAGUAUCUGCUGUUAAAUUUUUGCUACAGCUGUACUUGGAUAUUUCUGUAAAAAAAAAGUUUUAUAUCCUACAAAAAACAAAGGGAGAGAAAGGGGGGCUCAGAGGGACAACUAAAUAAAUCACUUUCAGAGUUGAGCAGAAGCCUUCAAUAUUCCGUAAGUAGUCUGCAGUUCAUUUUGUAGCUUUAAGCUACAGAACAACAUGCCAGUGAAUUAACACUGAUGGCCAGAGGGUAGUCAUAAAAAAGGUAACAUUUUAUAAGGACAUUUUAAUGAAACAUUUUUUAAAUCAGUGUGUGUUCCAUUUUCUAUUGGGUGUUUAACAUAAAGCCUAACAUCUCUUGUCUGCAGCAAAAAAAAAUUGUAUUCCAGCUUGAAUGUUAUAUUUUAAAUACCAUGUUUACCUGUUUUAUAUGUAUAAAAAAAUAACAAGAAAUUUAUAAUAAAAAAAACAACACCAGCUGCCUUCAGAAUAUGGCAAAGUGACAA